CCUUACCCAUGUAUUUAGGGUCUACAUUGUAGUUGGUAUUAACUAGCUUAUAAAUGACGUUAGCAUAUUUUACCUAGCUAUAAGACGGAGGUAGCGCUGCUAUAACCAAAACGAGCAUUCUCCCCGGAAGUGGGUGGUGCAUGCCAAUAGUUUUAUGCUAACGUUAGUUACUUAGCUGUAUAGUAGCAGCAACAGCUGGUUGCUAGUUGAUUUUCUUGCCAAGCAAAUUGAAAACUGGCCAUUACGAUACCGGUAAUGGUUCGAUAUGACAAACCGCAACAUUCUGGGUAACAUUAGCUAGCUAGGUAACGUUAAACACAAAACGUUUGACGGGCUUAGUUUUGGUGUUUCCUGUGCCCUAUGAUCUAAAUCAGAUUUGCUGUCUGGAAAUAGGGGGCUGAAGGAGGAUGGCGGUGUGGAUCCAGGCCCAGCAGUUGCAGGGGGAUGCGCUUCACCAGAUGCAGUCUCUCUACGGACAGCACUUCCCCAUAGAGGUGCGCCACUACCUGGCCCAGUGGAUCGAGGGGCAGCUCUGGGAUUCUGUGGAGCUGGAGAACCCCCAGGAUGAGCUGAAGGCCAAGCGUCUGCUGGACAGUCUGGUGCAGGAGCUGCAGAGGAAGGCCGAGCACCAAGUGGGGGAGGACGGCUUCCUGCUCAAGAUCAAACUGGGACACUACGCCAGCCAGCUCAAGAGCACGUAUGACCGCUGUCCUCUUGAGCUGGUGCGCUGCAUCAAGCACAUCCUUCACUCGGAGCAGAGGCUGGUGCAGGAGGCCACCAACGCCGUCGGGAGCGGCGGUGGGGGCGGGACCAUGGACAGCCUGUCCCAGAGGCACCAGCAGAUCAACCAGACGUUCGAGGAGCUGCGCGUGUCCACGCAGGAGACUGAGAACGAGCUGCGCAAGCUGCAGCACAACCAGGAGUAUUUCAUCAUCCAGUACCAGGAGAACCUACGCAUCCAGGCCCAGUUGAGCAGUCUGUCGGCCGUGCCGGCAGAAGAGCGAACCCAGAGGGAGACCACCCUGCAGGCCAAGAGAGCCACCGUGGAGGCUUGGCUCACCAGGGAGGCCAACACACUGCAGAAAUACAGACUGGACCUGGCGGAGAAGCACCAGAAGACUCUGGGCCAGCUGAGGAAGCAGCAGACGCUGAUCCUGGAUGAGGAGCUGAUCCAGUGGAAGAGACGUCAGCAGCUGGCUGGCAACGGGGGACCCACCGAGGGGGGACUGGAUGUCUUGCAGUCCUGGUGUGAAAAGCUAGCGGACUUGAUCUGGCAGAACCGGCAGCAGAUCCGGCGGGCCGAACACCUGACCCAGCAGCUACCGCUGCCUGGCCCAAUGGAGGAGCUGCUCACCAAGCUCAACUCUGACAUCACCGACAUCAUCUCCGCUCUCGUCACCAGUACGUUUAUCAUCGAGAAGCAGCCGCCCCAGGUGCUGAAGACCCAGACUAAGUUUGCAGCUACUGUGCGCCUACUGGUGGGCGGGAAGCUCAAUGUGCACAUGAACCCCCCGCAGGUCAAGGCAGUCAUCGUCAGCGAGCAGCAGGCCAAGGCCCUUCUCAAGAAUGAGAGCACCCGCAAUGACAGCAGUGGAGAAAUUCUCAACAACAACUGUGUGAUGGAAUACCACCGGACCACAGGAACCCUGAGUGCUCACUUCAGGAACAUGUCCCUGAAGCGGAUCAAACGGUCGGACCGUCGCGGGGCAGAGUCGGUCACAGAGGAGAAGUUCACUGUCAUGUUUGAGUCUCAGUUCAGCGUGGGGGGCAACGAGCUGGUCUUCCACGUCAAGACAUUAUCUCUCCCCGUGGUGGUGAUAGUACACGGUAGUCAAGACAACAAUGCCACGGCAACGGUCCUGUGGGACAACGCUUUUGCAGAGCCGGGCAGGGUGCCGUUCAUCGUUCCUGACAAGGUGCUGUGGCCGCAGCUGUGUGAAGCCCUAGACAUGAAAUACAAGGCAGAGAUGCACAGUGCCCGUGGCCUCUGCGACGACAACCUGGUCUUCCUGGCCCAGAAGGCAUUCAGCAGCGCCAGCAUAAACCCGGAAGACUACCGCAACAUGACCAUGUCCUGGGCCCAGUUCAACCGGGAGAGUUUGCCGGGGAGGAACUUCACUUUCUGGCAGUGGUUUGACGGAGUCAUGGAGCUCAUGAAGAAACACCUGAAGCCCCACUGGAAUGACGGGGCGAUCUUGGGCUUUGUGAACAAACAGCAGGCCCAGGACAUGCUGAUGUCCAAGCCCAACGGGACCUUCCUGCUCCGCUUCAGUGACUCUGAGAUCGGGGGCAUCACCAUCGCCUGGGUGGCAGAGAACCCUAACAAAGCAGGGGAGAGGCUGGUGUGGAACCUAAUGCCGUACACCACCAAAGACUUUUCCAUCCGCUCACUAGCCGACCGCAUCAGUGACCUCAACCACCUCAUGUUCCUCUAUCCCGACCGGCCCAAGGACGAGGUGUUCUCCAAGUACUACACCCCUCCCCUCUCAAAAGCAGUGGAUGGCUACGUCAAACCACAGAUCAAGCAGGUUGUGCCAGAAUUCACUACUCCCAACCCUGAGCCGUCCUGUGGGAACCCCACCUACAUGGACCAGGCACCCUCCCCGUCAGUGGCUCACCCCAUCAACUUUGCAAUUUUCCCUCCCAUCAGAAGUGACCCCAUGAUGGACGCAGAUGGAGAGUUUGACCUGGAAGACACCAUGGAUGUGGCCCGACACGUGGAGGAGCUUCUGCGGCGGCCCAUGGCCAACCAGUGGGACGGCCAACAGUCCUGAACUUUCACCUUUUGACCCCUGACCCUGCACCCCAACAAGAGCAAGCACCCAGAAAACAUCCAAUGGUUUUGGUUCCAUUGGUUUCUAUUGUCUAUUUUUGUCAAUUCUCAAAGGUGAAAUGUAAUAUUUGACAGUUCUUGGAUUCUUCUCUGAUCUUCUUGACGUGGCAAUUGAUUAUUUCAAAGAAAUAACUAAUUGUACUUGAAGAAAAAGCACAGUAGAAAAGGUUUGUUUGGAAGUAAGUACUGAGAAAAAUGUAGAAAUGUGUGUUACUACAAUAUACAGCAAUAUUUUUACAAAAAUGUUUAGCUAUGCUGCUUAUGGCCAUAUUCUGAACAUGUUUAAAGAGCAGGAAGGCCUGCACACUGUUGUUAUGCUCCCAAUUCACAGCUUUAUUGACCACGUUUCGAUCCGAACAGGAUCUCUUUCAGGUCAGAGUGCUCACAUCCGAAAAUGUACACAUUUCCCCUCACAUGACCAUGACUCAUGGUGGGUGUGGAAACAAUUCAAUUAAUUUUUUCUCCUAGUUAAUCAGAGGUACAUGUGGUCAUAAAGGAUUAUAUCCAUACAAAUAGGGCUGAGUUAACCUAGGCAACAUUAAUUAAAGAUUACGUUGGCAUAUGACCAUUACGCACAGGAGGUGCGGUGGCCGUAGAUAUAAUUACAGUGGCCUAUUUCAAAAACCAACUUGUGUACCUCUAAUAAUUUAGAUCUCAAUGAGAUGAGAUGGGCACAUGUAGUAGAAUAUAUAAUAUGUACAAAAUGACCAAGUGGAGACCUGGCCGGCAAGACAAAUCGACGUAACAUAUUUAUGUAAAAAAUAGUCUAUCAAACUCUUUGUUCAUAGCUUUAGGAGACAUGGUGGACAAACGGUGAAUCCAAUGCAAUUCUCUUCUCAGUAAUAGAUUAACAGUACCCCCCUCCCCAGUAGCCUUAACAUGUUCAAUAGCUGUGUAUCUCAGAGAGCUGUUGUGAGGAGCCUCCGCGAAACGUGCAGCCACAGUUUCUCUGAUCAAGAGUCCUGAUAUUUCUCUUGUGUUCUGUUUUCAGAGCUCGUUUUGUUUUUCCUACAUGGCAUAGACCACAAAUGCACUUGAUCAGGUAUACCAUAUAUUUUUUUUGUAUAACACGUGAUACACUUAAUCUUAAUGGCCUUGCCUGUGAUGGGUUGACUGAAAGUUGUGCGUUUGUUCUUAAAGUUACACUGGGUACAUCGGCCACAUCUGUAUUUACUGUCCGGCACGUUAUCUAGGAAGGUGCUACGUGGCAUCGGUGGAAGGGAUGGUUUGGGAGUGAGGCUAGGUCAUGUUUUUCUAACGGUCCUGUGCGUCGUACAGCCAAUCCUCUGGGUAACGGCAGGAAGUCUAGUGGUUAGAGUUUGGCCAGUAACCAAAAGGUUUCCUCGAUCGAAUCUCCGCGCCAACGAGCUAAAAAAAAACUGUCGUUAUGCUCCUGAGCAAGGCGGGUUACGCUGUUGCCCGGGCUCCGAAGACGUGGAUGUCGAUUUUAAAUGCGAUUUUUAAAUGCGGUAGACAUGUUUCAGUUGAAGGCAUUCAGUUGUACAACUGACUAGUUGUCCCCCUUUCCCUGUUUGACGCGUUCAUCCAGAUAGUGCACUUGAUUGUACUACAGAUCAUGGGUGAUAGGGAGGCUCUUUCUCUGGGAAAGGUACCUUUACCCUUCAGGUUGGUAUCGUCAAAGUACAGGCAUUUCUUGAAAUGCUCAGUGCUGCAUUUGUUUCUGUUGGUUUGGAAUGUAACAAUUAAGUGAUUUGAAUCUUGCGUCUCUACACCGUUAAAUUCAACAUCAACGUAACAAAUUUGGCAUUCAGAAUGAAUUUAAAUGUUUGAAGUGAAUUCCACCAUUGAGUAUUUGAAAUACGAUAGUGCAGUAUUUUGACCUUUUGCAUCCUCAAAAUGGGGCCCUUGGUUUGAAACGCCAUGUGCUCUGUACAUUCUGCCUCACAUUACAUGCAUAAUACAUGUGCAGUAUCUUCUGCCUUUGAAUGCCAAGUUUACUAGCCUUAAUUCAAACUCUUGCUUAUUACACUGAACUAGUUUCACUUAGUGUAUCAGUUUAUUUUUCUAAACAAAUUAACUGGUAACUUAACUAUUGAAUUGCUACUCAAAUUCAUUAGACUACAUUAGAAACUCAGCGAUAACCAAUGACCUGCUCUCUUUUUUUCUUGAUUAAUUUAGUAUGAAUUAAAAACAAAAAAAAUGUACCUUUUGCCCAGAUCGUACCUUGUUGUUUAAGACGUUAACGUUAAGUGUUACCCAUUCGCUGAAAAUAUCAAUUUUUAAUGGGCUGUGUGAUCAUGUAUUGAUAUUGUUUUUUAACUGUAUGCAAUCAUGUUCUUUGUUACCUAUAUUUGCAGGCACGCCACCCCUGUUCCUGACACUUAGCUACCCACCCUUUUAUCUCAAGUACCACAUACAGCUACUACCUUAUUUGCCUAUUCAGAAGUACUUGCGCAGUGUCGUAGCUUCUCUUUCUGUGCCUAAAGACACUGAUCACGAUUGUGAAGUGGCAACACCAAUGUCCAGGCAAGAGAUUGUAUUACCACAACCCUUUUAGUAUGCUCGUCCUCGCCUUUACAGCACCGCGUUUUGCAGGGCAUGGGCAACGUUGUGGAGGGUAAUUUUUUAUAAUUUUUUUAUAUAUAAAUACAGUGCCUUCAAAAGUAUUCAUCCCCCUUGGUGUUUUUCCUAUUUUGUUGCAUUACAACCUGUAUUUUAAAUGGAUAUUUAUUUGAAUUUCAUGUAAUGGACAUACACAAAAUAGUCCAAAUUGGUGAAGUGAAAUAUAAAAAAUAUAUAUAUUUUUUUUUUGUGACGCAUCCAUAUAUAUAUAUAUAUAUAUAUGUAUGUAUAUGUAUAUGUCUGCAACACUACUAAGCAAGAGGCACCAGCAAGCAAGUGGCACCAUGAAAACCAAAGAGCUCUCCAAACAGGUCAAGGACAAAGUUGUGGAGAAGUACAGAUCAGGGAUUGGUUAUAAAAAAAAUCAAUAACUUUGAACAUCCCAAAGAGCACCGUUAAAUCCAUUAUUAAAAAUUGAAAGAAUAUGGCACUACAACAAACCUGCCAAGAGAGGUCCACCCACCAAAACUCACAGACCAGGCAAGGAGGGCAUUAAUCAGAGAGGCAACAAAGAUAACCCUGAAGGAGCUGCAAAGUUCCACAGCGGAGAUUGGAGUAUCUGUCCAUUGGACCACUUUAAGCCGUACACUCAACAGAGCUGGGCUUUACGUGAGAGUGGCCAGAAAAAUCAGCAAACGUUUGGUGUUAGCCAAAAGGCAUGUGGGAGACUGCAAACAUAUGGAAGAAGGUACUCUGGUCAGAUGAGACUAAAAUUGAGCUUUUUGGUCAUCAAGAGAAAUGCUAUGUCUGGCGCAAACCCAACACCUCCCUUCACCCCUAGAACACCAUCCCCACAGUGAAGCAUGGUGGUGGCAGCAUCAUGCUGUGGGGAUGUUUUUCAUCGGCAGGGAAUAGGAAACAGGUCAGAAUUGAAGGAAUAAUGGAUGGUGCUAAAUACAAGGAAAUUCUUGAGGGAAACCUGUUUCAGUCGUCCAUAGAUUUGAGACUGGGACAGAUGUCCACCUUCCAGCAGGACAAUGACCCUGAGCAUACGCUAAAGCAACACUCAAGUGGUUUAAUGGGAAACAUUUAAAUGUAUUGGAAUGGCCUAUUCAAAGCCCAGACCUCAAUCCAAUUGAGAAUAUGUGGUAUGACUUAAAGAUUGCUGUACACCAGCGGAACCCAUCCAACUUGAAGGGGCUGGAGCAGUUUUGCCUAGAAAAAUUGGCAAAAAUCCCAGUGGCUAGAUGUGCCAAGCUUAUAGAGACAUAACAGAAGAGACUUGCAGCUGUAGUUGCUACAAAAGGUGGCUCUGCAAAGUAUUGAUUGGGGGGUGAAUAGUUAUGCUCGCUUAAGUUUUCUGUUUUUUUGUCUUAUUUCUUGUUUCACAAUAAAAAAAUAAUUUGCAUCUUCAAGGUGGUAGGCAUGUUGUGUAAAUCAAAUGAUACAAACCCCCCAAAAAUCUAUUUUAAUUCCAGGUUGUAAGGGAAAAAAUGGGGGUGAAUACUUUUGCAAGCCACUGUAUCUUAUGAAGAACACCCAAGGCUCUCUGACAUGUUAGCAUUAAGCAAUAAGGCUCGGAGGGGGUUUGUAUAUGGCCAAUAUACCACAGCUAAGUGCUGUUCUUAAUUACGACGCAAUGCGGAGUGCCUGGAUACAGCCCUUAGCCUUGGUAUAUUGGCCAUAUACCACAAAUCCCUGAGGUGCCUUAUUGCUUUUAUAAACUGGUUGCCAAUGUAAUUAGAGAACUAAAAAAAAAAAAAAUCAUACCCAUGGUAUACGGUCUAAUAUACCACGGCUGUAUGCUAUCAGCAUUCAGGGCUCGAACCACCCAUUUUAUAAUAAGGAAUCACAUGAACUCUUGACAUUUCUGUCUGUGACGUUCCGUGUUUGCCUACUGAACAUAGCCCAGGUUUAAACCCGUAUUACCCUCCCCAUCGAUCAUAAUUCACUACUAUGUGGCUAGUCUCAGGAAAAUAUACUUUGAUGUAGGGUUCAUCCCAGAGAAUUUGAGGUGACCACACCUUAGGCAGAGAAGAAAUAGUGCCUACCUGUCUAAAUUUACUGCAUAUAUUCAGAGCUAGCUAUUUUCUUGUUCUAUUUUACCACCAUAAUGCUAUUUUACUACCAAUAUGUGGCAUGCAAAUGUGUAUGUGAAUUAAAGUUUACUAACAAAUGUAAAAUGGGCAGAGUGUAUAUGAGCUUUUCCACUCACGACACCAUUUGUUUUGCUGCUUUGCUUAAGUCUAUUUUCUCAGCAUUAGUUUUUUUCUUGUUCAAGUCGAGACGUUUAUGGGAAAGUACUGUACAAAUUGUCCUUUUUAUUUGUAAUUCACCUGUAUUUCUUAACUGUGUGGGUUUUAGUCUUGAAUAUCUGGGUUGUAUUACUCAAAGCAGAACCAAGAAGUCAGAAAGCUAACUUUGAUUAACCAGAAAAUAGUUAUUUCUUUGUUAAUGUAAAUUUCACUAUGGGUUCUUGAAAAUCAUUGCCAUUAUACCAUACCUUUUGGGGAAAAAGGUAUUUGUGCAACCAGAGAUUAAAUACUUUCAAUGGAGAAACAUUAUUUUUAAGUCUAUGCUUAAUCUGUUUCUUGGAAACCGGCCCAUAGAGUAUUUCCAGGUGCAUGGAAUAAACUGUAUACAGUAUAAAAUGAAAAACUCCCAGCACAUAAUUUUGAAUACUCGACAAACAAGAUAUACCUUAAAAUUCAGUUGAUGAACAUUGAUCCUGCUUUGUGAAAUGUAUUUUAAACUGUCCUGUCAUUUUAUCUUCUUGUGUUUGCUUAUAAAUAUAGUAUAGUGCCAAGAGUUUUUCCCAUGUAACAAGACCAGGAAAAAAUCUGGGCCCUACAUUGAAGUUGGGCAGGGGGGAAGGAGCCGGAAAUAAAAGUUUUAUAAAUAAUUUUAAA